UCUCUACCUACCACAGCACCGGUCUCGCCGUUCAGCAUGUUUGGCGAAGACCCGCUCGAGCGGGAGAACAGGGCGCUGAAGCAGCGGACCACUGCGCAGGACGCCCGUCUCUCAGUGCUCGAGAGUGAUGUCAAGAAGCACGAGGUGCAGGUCAAGGAGUCGACCCGUAUUGCCGACUACGAGAGAGAUAGGGCCAACGCCGAGGAGGAGCGAGCGAACAAGGCCGACGCAGCGCUGCGAGAAGCCAACCAUGAACUCGCGCAGCUGCGGCUCAACGUGUCCAACUUCGAGACGCGGCUGCGCAUCGAGACAGACAAAUCGGCAGGCCUGGAGCGUGACCUCAAGCGGGUCGAGUAUGAUCUCGAGUGCGCGUCCUCGUCGGCCGGCUCGCAUUCAGCCGCGGAUGCCAAGCUCGCCGCGAGAGUGAAGGCGAUGGAGAAGGAGCUGCACCGCAAGGAGUCGGAGCUGGCGCAAGCACGCGCAGUGGUGAGUCGGGGGUCGUGA